GUUGUGUAGCUGUACAGAGGUUUUGGUUUUUGAACCAGAUUGCCGCGACAUCCCACGCCAUUGCGGGUUUGCGACGACAAAACAAGGCCACAACAUACAAACCCCCGACGAACACGAUGCAGCCUUUAUUAUUCACGUAUGGGCUUUUUGCCUGGUUUGCAGCGCAAGCUGCCGCAACGGCCCUGACAUAUAAACUACACGCGAGCGAGAAGGCGUGCUUCUACGCCACUGGCAAGACCAAGGGCGAGAAGAUGGCCUUCUACCAUGCGGUUCAAUCUGGUGGCAGUUUUGAUGUCGAUUAUGAGGUUGUUGGACCCACUGGCAAGGUCAUUCUCGAUGGCGAGGCAGAGCGCCAGGGUGAUUUUGUUUUUACCGUCAACGAUAUUGGAGAGUACAGGUUCUGCUUCAGCAACACUAUGAGCUCAUACGACGACAAGGUGGUUGACUUUGAGAUUGCCGUUGAGAACGAAGCUCGUGUUGGCCUCCCGUCGAAGAAGGGAACUUCACCAGAACAGACAUCAGUACUCGAGGAGUCGGCCUUCAAGAUCUCAGGCCAGCUAUCGUCCAUCACUAGGCACCAAAAGUACUUCCGUACACGCGAAAACCGCAACUUUGCCACUGUUAGGAGCACGGAGAAACGCAUCAUCAACUUCAGUCUGAUUCAAUGCGGUCUGAUUGUUCUUAUGGGAGCGCUGCAGGUGUUUAUCGUUAGGUUCUUCUUCCAGGGCGCGAGGAAAGGAUACGUAUGAUCUGUCUUCAUCAUACCGGUGGUAAACUUUUGCUUGGGGUCAUCUGUCUAGGAGUACAACAAACAAACGUUGCAAACGGGCAGGUCUCGAAAUCCUCAAAAAUCUGUGUCGUCUGCUACAAUUAACGCUACAGACAACACGCGCAGUGAUUGUGGUAAGGAAUUCUAGAAGCCUUUCGGGAGAGUGAUGCAAGCGGGUUCACUAUAGGCAUUUUGGUACUCUCAAAUCUGUUCAGUUCAAACAAGUCCAUUGAAUUUGUGAAUGUGGUUGGUUGCCGUGCGUAUUACAAUUCUUAAAGUGUGGUUUCCAACCAUGCAAUCCAAAAUCAAGGCUUAAAGUCAAAUUAAGUUAUUUCCUCUAGGUAGC